GAGUGUUUUAGAGUAUUAGUAAACUUCAAUUAUUGUUUGCGAUGUCGAUGUGUGAACCGCGCGGUAAUAGUGCCGAGUCUAGAGCUCAAUAAGAGGACCCCGCGAUGUAGGCCUAGAUCUAGUACUAGUCUACGCCUAAUCUAGUCUAACCGUCUCCUUUUUAUACUUACAAACAUGUAGUCUUAGCGUUCCUUUUCUGCAAUUAUUAAUUUCUUCACGAUGUAAUACAAAUUCUGCAUCAACGAAAUGGCCACUGUAUCCCGCUUGAUAGUUUUAAAAACGAAAUACAUCCAGCCGAUAACGAUUUUUGCCAGGAAGAACCCUCUGCUAGCCAACACGAUAACGUACGCCGGGCUGGGAGGACUGGCGGAGUUCACGCAACAGGCUAUCAACAGGAAAUCCGGAGAACCUUUUGAGACUCGAAGAAUCUUCAAUUUUCUUGUUAUUGGUGUGUGCUUUAAUGGACCUGCGGGCCACUUUUGGUACAGAUGGCUGGACCGAUUCAUACGGCCGACUGCCAAGAUGGCAGUGGCCAAGAAAUUAUGCAUGGAUCAGAUACUUUGUGGAUCGGCUUUCGUUGCUGCCUUUUAUACAGGGAUGAGUAUCUUAGAGGGUCAAGAGGAUAUCUUCGAGGAGCUUCGAGCCAAGUUUCUACCUACCUUCAAAGCUAGCUGCUGCUUCUGGAGCGUGGCACAGGUAUUCAACUUCUUAUUCCUCCCAACGUCUCUACGCAUCGCCUAUAUAGCAUCACUCAGCUUUGUGUGGACAAAUUUCUUAGCCAUCAUGAAGAGAAAAGAUAUCCGAUGACGCUGAUCACUGUACUCUGUGGUUUAACACAGUCUUACGCAACUUGCAGGCGACGGUACACAUGCUAUUCUAGCUUAAGCCUCGGUCACAAAUGCCAUUACGAACUGCUACGAACGCCGUACGAACGAUUUUCAGACAAUGGAAAUUCGGGAAGACAAUGGAAAAACAGGGAGAUUCGUACGAAAUUUUCGUUCGUACGAACCUUUGUGACCGUAGCUUUAGUUCUGCUCCAAUUCAAGUUCGGCAUUCUCAGGGCAUGGACACGAGUAUAGUGGGAGAUGUACCGGAUAUUUUGGAACACAUUGUUCCUAAAGUUCUGAAUUUGGCCAUGUGUUGACCAUACCAUAUAAAUUAUGAGUUCUGGCUCUAUAAAAGAAGGACACUGGUGAGAGCUAGAAGAAAAAUCACCUCUGUAUUUUAGUUGGUUUGAAUAAUAGUAAUGCCCUUCUGAAUCUUAGCAGGGAAGAUAGGUCACUCUCCUUCUUUGUCGAAUUCUGGUGCCGAGUUGGAUCCGAGCUAGUUCGGCACGAUUCGUAGAGAGCUCGGGUUACAAGACAAGUAAGUUCGGUAUUAACUCUCGUAUCGCUGCAUGAACAUGUGAAACGUGAGCGUCCCUUGCCAGGAAUCUACCGCCCGAAAGCUUUAAUUUGGAGUUCGUCAAAAGACGGUGAAGUUCGUGUCUGAAAGGCAAGAUGUUUUGAUCGCACAAAAUAAAUAACAUUUAGCGGCGGAAACAUAUUUUGUGACGUUAGACCACUAGUUGAGUUGUGAUUAAACUACUAUUGUGGACACUAUAUUUAUAAAUACUUUUAUAUUGGGGCCAUGGUGCAUACUUCAUUUAGAUACAAUACAUUUUUACUACGCAAUGUUCGAGAUCUCGACUACUUAUCAUGAUUUCGUUGAGUGAAUUUAAAAUGCUCUGCACAUAAAUUAUGUUUGAGGCAAUAUUUUGUGGAUUAUCGGCAACCAAUUUCGUCUGUUAUCAUAGAAAUAUUUAUGUACAUAUUACGAAUCUCUCAAAAUUACGUUUACACUGCAUUUAUGUCACGUGUAUGCUUCUAAUACAACAGUUAUCACAGCAUGCCAGAUUCGUUGCCUGACAUAGCAACACAUAAUGUCUGUAACCUAUAUUUUUCAGUGAAUAUCGAAAGACUUGUACGGGUGAAUGUAAUAUACAUGUGUAAUAGUAGUCCGUCACUAUCUAUAUAUCUAUAUAGUCUUAAUCUGAACAUAUUUGAUAGCGCUUGGUUAUUGUAGAAAAAUGAAGAAACAUAAGAACAUUGGGGAACAAAAUUCAGAGACUUCGACGUCGGGACAGUCACGUGA